GGCGGAUCUCGCACAUCAAAAUAAACUUCUUGGAAGUUCCCGCUGCUGACGUCGACUGUUUCUCUGCUGUGGACGUUGUGCGAAGAUGGAUAGCACCACGCACCAGUUCCUGGUCCCACACCUAGACCAGCAAACCCCAAGAUCUAGCAGCGAUCCUGGCCCACUCAACAAGAUUGGAGAACCAGAGGCACAGAGUCGAAGUAGAAGCCGAGAGGAGAGUGUAUCUGAAAUUGACAAUGACGGGACGAGCAGUAAUUGUAAUGAUAAAACAGAGAGUGACCUUGAUGGAGAAUUGGAUGAGCUUACCAUCAGAAUUGACCCUCCUGACCUUUUGCCAGGUCAAAGGUCAAGGCUAGAUAGUCUUGUUUCUAAGAAUUGUUCUGUUGCCGAAGCUCAGGCCCAGGCUUUUCUGAAGCUACAGGAGGAACUCAUGAAGGCAAAGGAAACUCUACAGCUGAAGGAUGAAGAAGUUGAGCAGUUAUCACGGGUAAGAGAAGAGGUCGACAGGGAGAUUACUGAACUUACUGCAAGCUUGUUUGAGGAAGCUAAUGCAAUGGUACAAGAGGCUAAUAUCAAGAGGGCUGCAGCUGAACGAAGAUUAAAGGAAGCAAACGGGAAGAUUGAUGCGUUGCAGGCUGAGAUCGGGGCCCUCAAGAUGCUCGUCCUUACCUCAACACCGAGCAUGCCCGUACCGAAGGAUGCUACCCAGAAGAAACCAUCUCUAUUGAGAAAGUCUAAGAGCAGUCUACGGCUUAGCAUACAAGGACACCAUAGAACACAUAGCCUGCAGGGCCCAAUCACAGCUGAUUGUGGGAUUUCCCCUACUGCUAAUGGGACUUCCCCUAAUACCAACGAUGCAAAAACACCAUCACCUAGCUCAGAGUCUAAAGAGGUUGACACCCUGCUCCUGCACAACUUCCAGAGUUGGAGAGAAGCGCCCUCGCUCGGCGUAGACAAUCCAUUCACCCAGAGGGUAUUCACCGAAGACAUUCAACCUUGUCUGUCCUUCACCAACGCAGACCUGUCGGUGCAGCUGCAGUCAAGUAUUGAGAGGAACCAGCUUUGUAUAGAACCCAUCAGUAUUAAGACUACAGUACCGAGGCGAUGUGCCCUCAGCGAGCAGCAGAGGCCGUGUCAUUAUCGUAUCAAACUGAGUGAGAGUGAGAACUCAUGGCAUUCCAUAUGUGCACCUGUCAGAAAUCGGAUAGCGGCUGUUUGUGACUUCUACACCUACCUACGAUACAUCAAACAAGGCAUUGUCAAGAACGAUGUGGAAAAGAAUUACUGGGAGAUCAUCCGUCUCCGGAAGCAGAUGGGGCUAGCCAAACUCGGUCUGGCAUGAAAGUACUAAUCUCUUCUAGCUUGGAACAAGUCAUUCCUGAAAUCCUACCCACCCGUUGUCAUCACCCCAGUGCUAACCGUUUUGCUGCUCGUAGUGACUUCAUCGGACAAGUGGUUGAUAGUCAUGAUGGAAGAUGCAUUAUUCUUGUUGCCAUGGAAACCAACUGCGGUGAAUGAUUUACAUGUUUUAUAUGUAAGGAUCUAAUCUCUUGGCAUUCCAGUAGCAACAAGAGCACUCUCAGAGAAUUAAUCUGCUCUUUUAAAGAGAGCGAAUUCAUAAGAAUUCCAGGUAUUUGAUACUUUUCUGUACUAUUGCAUAGUUUGUAUGCAUUUUAAUUACAUGUCGUAUUGAAAGUUUUUUUUUAUCUUAGUUGUAUUUGUAUGUCAUUUCAUACCUAAAGAUUGAUAUGAAUAUAUAUAAAUUUUUUUUACUUUAAGGUAAGUAACGCUUGCAUUGUUUUACACAGAUGUACAGAACCUAUGCAAAGGAAAAAAUAUGAAUAUAGAAUUGAAUUUUAUUGGAAUAUAUGAAGGCAGUUGCGUGCUUGCUGUGCAGAAUAUGUGCUUCCACGAUGCACAAAUAUACUUUUACAAAUGUAUACAUUGGAAUGUACUUACGUGUGUCAUUGACCUCGUGGGUGUUUCCUAAAGCUGUUCAUAAGUUACGACCGACUUAACGCAGGACUGGUGAUCCUUUCUUUUGCUAGAUGAUACAUCCCUAUGUGGUUCUUUAAAGACAUAAGAACACGUUCCAGUUGUCCGUAAAGUUGUGUUCAACUUUAUGAGCAGCUUUAUAUGAAACACUCACUUGGUUUAUUGACCAGUAUCAGUGUCGUAGUUGUGAAGUUGGCAUAAGACUCAAUGACAGUUUCUUUGGGUUUUUUUUUUCAGUUUCACUUUGUAUUUUUAUCUAUCCUCUCCCUUUCCUUCUCUCUCUUUCUAUUUCUUUCACCUGAGUUUCCCUUUUUUUUUAAGAACUGCUCUCAUAUUUCUUCUGUCGGGCUCUCUCUCUUACUUUCUCUUUUUUUCUCCCCCCCCCCCCCCCCCCCGAUUCUCUCUCUCUCCUUCCUCUUUGAGACUAUUUCUAUUUUGUUCUCUUUCAAUGCUGUCUUGUAUUCUAUCUCUUCCAAUCUAUCAUAUACACUCUGGCCAAACUUGGGUUUUUUUCUAAGCUAAAAAUUUUAAUAUUUCAAAUCAGCACUUUUAUCUUACUUUUUAUUUUUUUUACUUUAACCUUUUAUACAUCAUCUCCCAUGUGUCUCUUUUUUUUCUAAACACUUUAUUCACAUAUGUUUGCUAAUCGAAUAUGAUAUUGCAAUAACUUGAUGCUGUA